AUGAAGGAUAUAGAGCAGGUUCUGGCAGCCGGCAUGGGUGAUUCGGCGCUCCGAAGCGAUUCGACAGGACUCUUGACGGCGCUAGAGGCGGCAUACUCUGAAGCUAAACAGAAGUUCCAUGUUGUGGCAGACCUUUUCGAGGAAGUCUUGAAACUGAAGAACAGGGGUCGGUCAAGGCUUUCGGCGCUGAGAUCCGGAAUCGUCUUCAUUAACAAGGGCGACAACUUCAUGACUCAUUACCAAUCCCUGAGAGACUCGGCCAGUUUGGCCAGAGACUUGGCAUCAGAUCUCAAGGUGGAAAUGCUCUGGGCUCGUAUGGACGCUCGGUUUAACGAAAGGCUUGUGGAUAUCGACAUUCGAGUGACCGAGCAGUUAACCCAACUGACUGGAUCAAUGGCCACCCUCCUCUUGGACGAAGAAGACGAAGAGAAUGACGCACAGCCCACGACGAACCAUUCCGGGGACACCAAGGGUCUUCAAGGCAUCAGCAGCAGCAACAACACCAGCGGCCGUGGCGGCUUCCGCAAGAUGGCACGUAUCGGCAGGAAGAUGGUUGAGUUGUCCGAGACUGGGUUCACCCAAUCCAUCGCUCUGAUCAUAGAUACGGCACCAGUUCCAGGAUCCGAACCGGGGACGUCAGUUUCAAGGCAGAAAGAAAUCAUGGCCAUCGGCAAGCUCGACACAGCAAGCGACGCCAACCUUGUCUCGUACGAGAUGCUCAUCGAUUCAGGCCUGCGAGAGGAGCUCCUAGUUCCCAUUCCCCCAUAUAAGAUUGAGCUGCAUGGCCUGGAAGGCGCCAAGUGUACGCCCCAAUGGGAAGUGACACUGCAGUGGUAUAGACCUCGGGAUAUGAAACGGCGGAAAGAGAAGUUUUAUGUCGUCAAGAACGCGUUGUUUGAAGUUCUCUUCUCGUCCGACAGCUCCUUUAAGCAGAUAUCAGACCGUUCCGUCCAUUUGUCCUUGGACCGUUUCAAGCGGAAGAAGGAGGUACUGGUUGAGCUACAAGCCGAGGAUGAAAACAGAAAGAAAGCAUUAGAACGAGUAGAGAGGGAAUACCGCGAGGCUGAGGCCAUGAAGCGGGUUCCGGUUCGAAAAGAUACAGGUUUGGGUGAGACCAGCCGCGAGACCAUCAGUGGGGUGAAAAGUUUGGGUCGCCUUGAGCGAGGUCCUAUUUACAAACAGCAGCUUUACCAGCGCCAGGCCAAUUUACGGGUGAUUUAA